CAUAGAAGGUGUUCCCACAGGAAGUAGUGUAUAGCACAGCCUAUGUAUCAGCAAGUGGUGGGUGAAGAUUCUCGCGAAAUAUUUGACAGAAACAUCAAAGAGGAAAAUAUUUGUAGGAUGGUUGAAGUGAAAGUAAAUUUUGAUUAUGAUGCUGAACAACAUGACGAACUGACAAUUCGAGUUGGUGAUAUCAUAAAAAAUGUCUCCACCCCCGAGGGAGGUUGGUGGGAAGGAGAACUGAACGGCAAGAAGGGAUUGUUUCCAGAUAACUUCGUAGAGGUAAUAAAGAAUCCAGAAAAGUCCAAAGACAGAGACAAACAUGAUAAGGAGAAGGAUGGUGCAGACAUCACAGCACAAAGGUCCUCAACAAAGGGUCAUGUUGCAGAGCUAGCCAAUAAACUCAGAGAUGGGGUACACAUUGGGGGAGGACCACCCAAAAAACGAGAAUCUCUCAACAAGAAGAAGUUAAAAGCGAAGGCAAGCUUUGCAUACACGCCUGAAAAUGAUGACGAACUGGCUUUAGAAGUCGGAGAUGUUCUAGAGAUAUUAAAACAGGAGGAGGAAGGCUGGUGGGAAGGAAACCUGAAUGGUAAAGUGGGAAUGUUCCCCUCUAACUUUGUGGAGUUACUAGAUGAGAACGGCGAGGAAGCAGAAAAAACAGAUGAGCCUAAAAAAGACGGGGAUUUCCAAGAAAUCAAAGGAAAGAAAGUUCAAGGGUUUGGUUUUGGGAACAUUUUCGGUGGAGGACCAAUAAAGUUGAAAAACAAAGGUGCAUCGGUGAAAAAAGUGGGGCCUCCAGAAACAGCUGAGCGAAAGAAAGAGGAUAAGACAGAAAGCCCAACUAUGAGAGAGAAAACAGGACGACACAAGGGCAAAGGAAGAAAAGGAAGGAAGGGAAGAAGUAGAGAAGUACUGGUCAGUCAAGCCACAGAUAGCACAUAUAUACAUAUAUCUCAUGGAUCAAAAGGUUUAGCAGAUACAGAUAGAAAAACUAAAACAGGGUUAAAACCUGUGAGAUGUAGUACUCCAAACAUACCUAGUGGGAAAGACAUUCCUCAUAGGAUUCAGAUAGUGAAAACACCGUUGUCAAAAACGAGUGGUCAUGGUUCUAUGUCAAAUAAACAAUUUGCUGUAAGCUUUGAUAUCAGUUCAAUUGAGCCACAUAUUAAUGUAAAAGUAGCUAGGCCUAGGUGCAACUCUGACUGCAUCAUUGAACAAACUGUGUCCUUUGCUUCACCCGAGCAACAGGAGCUUGAUCAAGAUGUAGGUUUUGUGUCCCCACCUUUUGACGAAUCUCAAGAGUCUAUUGACCAAUUUGUCCCCAGUGAUGGCUCCCUUAGCACAGCUUGCUUGACGGAUAGUAUGAUUCUUCACAAGCGGAGACUGUCAUCACCGAGAGAUAGUGGAGCAGUGAGAAGUGUAAAUUCACAUCUGGACCACAUCGCCAAGAAGUUUUGGACUACUGAUCCAGAGCCAUCCCCUCCCAGUGGCAAAGGAGACAGUCUGCUGAAGAAGUCCUCCACCUCUUUAUCAAAGUUUAGAUCGUUUGUCAAAAACAUGUUUACAUCUCCCACACAAAGCGAUGGGUUGGAUGAAUCCGAUGGUAAACCCUCAGAGCAAGUCAAGAAAACUCAGAGUCUCCUCCCACUUGGCAAGAAAAGGAGAUGGACUUUACCAAUGUCCCUUACCAAGACGUCCGAUGCAUCAUGUGAAAAUGUCAAAAAGAGCAAGGGACCUGAACAGAGUACCUGUGACAAUCUUAUUGAACAAGAUUCAAGCUCCAACAAUAGCUGCGUGGUACAAACUUGCAACACAGUUUACCAGACAGAUGAAUUUCUUGGGGAUCCCCUCUCAUUUCCCCUGAAGACUUCUCCGCAAACGUACCUGGCUUCAUUGAACAACCAUGGUAAACUUCCACCCUACAUUCAGCUCAUUGCGAAGAGAUACAACCUUCUGGAUGUCUUAGAUGGCAAGAGGAAAGUUCUUCACUCCAGUUUUGAUCAUCUUCCCAUCAAGGAAUACUAUUUUGAUGACAGCAAGAACCCUUUCCUUGAACAGCGUGAUAACAGUGAUGAUAAUGAUCCAUACAUUAUGUAUUACUCUCAAAGCAGACCUAUGAGCCAAAGCAUUGGAACAACUUGUGAGAAAGGUGCUUCUGCUGAAGACGUACAAUUAUCAACCAAAGAGGUAGAGGAUACUGCCGAGAAUGCUGUAGCUGCUGUGCUGUUUAGCAUUAUUCAGUCACCAGAAGACAAAUUUGAUGGAAUGCGAGCACCUUUGGCAUCUCCUGAUUUUAAAGAAGGACCAACUUCAGUUGCACAGAAUCUUCCCGCAUGUGAUUUGCCGAAAACUGUCCCCGGUAGAAACUCACUUUUUUCUGAAGCAAGGAGGAAAUUCUUUGCAACGAAGGAUGUUGAGGAACCACACGUAGACCCUUUUGAGAAGUACCGUACUCAUCGUCACUCAUUGCCAAUGGAAAGCAAAGAAACUAGAUCUGUAAGCAACAGGUUCACUCCAAUUCUGGACAGCUACUUUACAGGUGUUGGGAAAAUUUCUUCAGCAAACUUUGAAGAAAUUCCACUGACACCACCAGUCAAGUCAGAUUGCAGCGGUGAUAGAAUGUAUCAGGAGUGCUUUUCACCAGAUACAGAAGAGUCUUCACCAUGUUGUGAGCACAAUUACUCCAUAUCAUUGAUGUCCUCCUUUCUCGCUGAAGAGGAGCGCCCACUUACCCCAGAAAAGUAUCCUUCUUUUAUCAGUAUGAGUUGCGAUGACGCUGAUAUAACUGCACCUGAAGCUUCAGCAGAAUCUUCGUUGGAGUCCAUUGGUCAACAACAGCCAACCUCUCCAGUGGUGAAGCCUAACUACAAGUGGUUAACUUUUAAGAAUCAAGCACAAACAGUAUCACGUGACAGUUUUGAUGAAGUAGACAAAGACUUGGAAAGUGGAAAUUGCAUAGUGGAAGUGUCGCCAGAAGUUCUUGAAAUAUGUGCAGAAGAUGUGAAGAAACACUACAUGUGGAACCAGAAGGGAAAAGGGUCAAAUUUCAGUUUCAGUCAAUCAGUUGCUCAUCACAGGGAUGAUUCAGAGUCACAUGUACAUCUUAGCACUGUCCAAGGACAAACAGACUUGGCUGCCUCAAAGAAGAUAGACCCCAAGGAUUUCUUUGAUGGUGAGACACGUGCAAGUUUGACCAGAAGUCGAGUGUUCACAAGUCUCCAGAGAGAAUUAAUUGAAGGUGACUUACCUGAAAACUUUCAAGCAUCCUUCUCUGAAAGCAUCCAAAAACCAAGUCUGUCAGACAGUGUAACUGUAGCAAUACAGGUCCCAGAUGACAUAUUUUGCAUGGAAGAUGAAGAAGAUGUCACGAAUUCAAUAGAUCUCCAAAGUAGCUUACAGUUAGAUGUUUCAAGUAGCAGCAACUAUACUAUACCCAAAGGCUUCCGCGGAGCAUGGCGAAGACCUUCGUCAAGAAUCUUAGAGUCUUCAUUUGAAAGUCUGCCUGGUAGAUUUAGGAGGCAAUCUCCUGCGAAAACUAACUCAGUGAAAAGACCCCUUUCAUGGAUGUACCCAGAAAUUUCUAAAUUGGAUCUCAGUUCCUCUAACCUUGUUUCCAAAUCUCUGAACAGGGUACCUGAGGCAGAACAAAGCAACCGGUACUUGAUUAUAGACAGUUCAAGCACCUUGACUUCCAUCCACUCAGUGAGAGAUUCGCUUUGCUCUAGGCAGUCUGUUCUAGAUGGAGACCCCAAACUUGUAAAGGGCAGCAGUGAGAAAAGAAAGAACCAUCGUCUGUGGAAGAGAGUCCAUCAGCCAAAGAUUGUAAAGCCGGUUGAACUGAUCUCAUACAAGAAAGUCUAUGAACCAGGCACACCAAUGUAUGACAUGGUACCACUACUGAAUAGGUCUCUGACUGGCGGUGACUCAUUAUGCCUGGCUGACAAUAUCAACCAUAACCAUCCUGGAUUGGAGCUGGGAGAUGUUGGAAUGCCAAUCGAGGAAGUGAAGAGGAUGGAAAGGGAUCACUUGGAUAUGACAGGUGACAGGGACAGCCAUCAGGAAGAGCUGACUGACAGCACUACAACCUCUCUUAACUCAACGUCCUCUGUGUCCAAUAACUUAUCCGAUGUUGAGGAGUUUGCGGAGUUGGAAAGUGUCGCAGAUGACCUAACACCAGUGUCAUUCUUGUCCAAAGCCUAUGGAGCGGAUGAUACACUUACACCUGAUCACUUGCACCACAGCCAAGGUGUCCUGGACAGCCACAUCGUGGAGUCCAACAUGGAUACUGAGGUGGGCCAGUUUGUGGAUAAUAUCCUGGACAGUGCUGUUAGGUCCGAGCUAGCAAAUCAACUAGCGUAUUAUGUUGAUAGCAAAUGUUUGUUCCGGGACACCACCAAGGACGGAUACACAGAUUUCUUGUCACACUAUGGGGAAGAAUCCGAUAUCUCCUUUAAUGCAGUGUGCCGUGUGGCUUUUGGUAUGGAUGACGAUGACAUACAGCAUGACGAACUUAGAGGUUUUACCUCGGUGGAAGGAGCAGACAAAAGCGAAAGCAGAUUGAGUAUGUUACCUGCAGAAGUGGACCUGCCCCCUGUAGCUUGCUUUGACUCCUAUCUCCAUGUCCUGGAUGAUCUCAGUACAGAUACCUGUCUGUCCGAAUCAGGAACUGCUGGGAGCUCCCUCUUUUCAUCUGUUCCCCAGUCGGCCCGUUCAGUGAUCUCACCUGAUAGCGAAGACGCAAAUGACCGUACUAUAGAGAAUCUAGUAGCAGACAAGUCGCGCAAAGCUGCUCUCUACUACAGCCUGACAGACAUACAACCCAGUCCUUCCUCCAGCAGUACAGAAACAUGACUUAAGAUCACAAACAUAUCAACCAUUGGAAGUACUUCUGAGAAAAAUCAUCCUUCAAAGUCCUUCAUAUAUCAGCCAUAAUGAUGUGCUGCCUAUGUCAGCUGCAUGACAUACAUCAUAAACAUGUAGAUACGGUACUUUACAAUUCUAAGUGCCUUUCCUUCAGAAUUUUCUGUCCAGCUUGCAUUGAGAGCAUUGAGAUUUCCAAUGUUGUGUGUUCUGUAAUCAUGGUAAUUACCUUAUACACAGCUCCCUUCAGUGAGAGAAAAUAAAGAACUGACAUUUUAUAAAUGGACACACGUGCAGCAGUAAGGUUUUAGUGAAACUUUUUUUAAAGCAAGUACUCAAAUGUUUAAAGGUAAAUGUUUUUAUAACUAGAGCUGUAAUUGUUAUCCAUGGUGUUGUUUUAUACUGAGCUUAGUUGUGAAAAGCAUUGAGAUUGAUUUUUUUUUCUUUCUAAGGUUUUCAUGGUUUGCAUUAUUAAUUCACAUUCAUUUUAAUAUGAUCUUUACAUUUUUUUAAAAGAGCAAGCGAAAAAAUUAUGGUGAUGCUGUUUUAAUUUUACAUUGUGUUGACAAUCUUGAAAAAUUGUGUUAAAAGAAAUAGGAAUUGAACAGAUCAAAGAAAACUGAUGUUAGUAGAAACUAUAAUGGUUCAUGUUUUUACCAUUUCAACAUUAUGCUCUGUGAAAAUGAAACUUGAGUCGUCGGAGAGAGUGGUGAUCAAGGCCGAAGGCAAUUUCUGUUACUUGUAGCAUUAUGCUGUAUGAGCUGUAUUUCUGAUAAAAUUUCACAGAUGAGGAAACACAAAUGAAUAAAUAAACAUACGUGUAUCACACUUAAGAAAAGAUAAUUCUUACGGUACUUUCUUUGUCUUAAGUAAUAAAAUUCCAGCACAGUGUUGCUUUACAUACAAUGCACUGUCAGCUAUCAACAUGACUUCUAAUUGCUUUAUAUGUGAAUUACACGUGAUGGUCUCCGAGAAUAUCUUGUUUUCAAAAGUUGUGACCCGCUGAUGUAAAAUAUGUUUAUUGAUUCAUUCCUUUCAGACUUGACCAUUGUUAAACUGGACAUACCCGCACAUAUACAUUAAUCAUUUUUAGGAAAUUUUCACCAUUAUGUUGUUAUUCUUAAAGUGUUGUGAAAGUUUAUUCUCCAAGUUCGUGAAAUGUAAAUAAGUUAGUUUGCUUUGUUAGAUGCUGUUAACCCUCCAAUAGCAGAAUUUAAAUAAAAUAUUUUCUCGUGUUAAGAUGUUAAUUCAGAAGCCUUUGUGUGGAUUUUUCUGGCAUGCAUGUAUAUCCGACGAUGGAGACUGAAUGCAUCAAGGUGCAGUGCGCAGUGUUCUGUCUGGUUACUGAUAAGUUUGCUAAAGGGCUGACACAUUUCACAGAAAAUGCUGCCAGUUUUUCAUGAAAUGAUUCUGUCAAAUUCCACCAUUUGUAUGAUAAUUUAUAGCACUGAUCAGAUCAGAUGCAGCCAAAAAUUGCUACACAGCCAGUUAUGUGAAAUAUUUGUACAGGACAAGUUAAGUAGCACAUAGACAAUGAUUGUGAAAUGGUUUAAUCAGAGGUGUUUAACAAGAUUUUUACGCCAAGCAUGUCACUAUUGGUACAUCAUUGCUUGUGGGAACUGUUCAACAUAUUGUGUAAUUCUUCAACUUUUUCGCAUGUUUGCAAGGUGUUUAUUCCAGCAUAUUCUGAAGACACUCUUCUGUGUUGACUCAUAAAUUUUUACUUUUUGUGAAGCUCUGAAACUGGCCAAUCCAACUAAUUUAAUUUCAUAUCCAAAUUCUAUUUAAAAAUGUGCAUAAAUUGCACUGAAAGUUGCUCUUUCAUAUGCGAAAGGGUUGAGGAAUUAGGGUAAGCUGCAAGAUCAAGAUGCUAGAGAGUUAUGAAGUAUAUGUCAAUAUUUGGGAUAAAUUCUCAACAUAACAAGACAUCGGGCAAGCGGAUUUGAGCUCAAGGUGAUGAGAAUUGUGAAAAUGUUCGAUAGUUUUUGUUGUUUGUCCUUAAUUAAAUUUUAUUACAAUUUAUUCAUUCCAGUAUUUGUAUGCCAUGGAGUAUUAACUCAUGCUUUAUUCUGACGCUCUUGUUUGUUGUUUAUGUAUGAAGCUGCUGUUAAUUUAGAUUUGUUUUUCAUCUUCAUGGUUUUGAAUCAGAUUAUUGAUACGUUUUCUUCAAAUUGAUUUUGU